AUGCUGUCCCUGUCGCGAGCAGUGGCAUGUGGGGUGGCCCGUGCUCCAGCUGCUGUAAGCCAAGGUGGAAUUACAGCCAUCACCAGAUACAACAGCACAGCACAGGUACAUCACCUUUCAUAAGUUACAAUGUAAAUGUCAAUAAUAGGCUGAGCAUUAAAUAAUGUGUUUGACAUCAUUUUCAGGGUCCUCCUAAGAAAACCACAUAUGGACCUCUUGCAGAUGAGGACAGAAUUUUCACAAAUCUUUAUGGCCGCCAUGACUGGAAGUAAAUAUGCUCAUAUGACAUUAAAGAACAGUGUCCUGGGAUGUGAGAUUAAAAAAGAAGGCAUUCAGUUUGACCCAUUCAUGUUUGUUUUGAAGGCUGAAGGGGGCGUUGAAGCGCGGGGACUGGUACAAAACCAAGGAGAUACUUUUAAAGGGGGUCGACUGGAUCCUCAAUGAGAUCAAGGUCUCUGGACUGCGUGGGAGAGGUGGAGCUGGUUUCCCCACAGGCAUGAAAUGGAGCUUCAUGAACAAGCCCAGUGAUGGCAGGUCAGUGAUGAGACAAACAGAAAUCUACAAAUUAAAUUUUUUGUUCCCAAGUGAUUUUCCAAAACAUUUGUAAAGACAUAAUUCCUAUUUGAAGGUCCAAUCAAAAUGUGGCUUUAAUCAAUGAUUGAACUGCAGCUACCAUGGAGGCAAUAUUUACCCAAUUUAUUCUUCUUCAGACCAAAGUACCUGGUGGUGAAUGCAGAUGAAGGAGAGCCUGGCACCUGCAAGGACAGGGAGAUCAUGAGGAAUGACCCACACAAGCUGGUGGAGGGCUGCCUGGUUGCUGGAAGGGCCAUGGGGGCGCGUGCUGCUUACAUUUACAUCAGGGGAGAGUUUUACAACGAGUCAUCCAACCUGCAGGUGAACAUGGACAGAAAAAAACUUAACAGGCAAAAACAUUUAUCAAUAAAAUAUGAAUGAUUUUUAAAAAAAACCCCACAAUCAGUUAAUGAAAAUAAUUUUCAAUUGGUUUAAAAUUAUUUUUCCUUCUGUAUGUAUCAUAAUAUACAACAAAAUCUUAUAUGUUUAUGGCCUUCAACAUAUAAUCUGAAAAAUUGUGUUACAAAAUCUGCUUUCUGUUGAAGUGCUUUGUGUUAUUUUGUGUUUUCACUCUCUGCUUGCAGAACAGUGACACUUAAAUCUGUCUAGAGUCCAAGUAUGUAACAAGCCUAAACAUUUUUAAUGUGUCUUCACAGGUGGCUAUUAAUGAGGCCUAUGCAGCUGGGCUGAUUGGAAGAAACGCCUGUGGCUCUGGUUAUGACUUUGAUGUGUUUGUGAUGCGCGGCGCUGGAGCGUACAUCUGUGGGGAAGAGACGGCUCUUAUUGAGUCCCUAGAGGGAAAACAGGGGAAGCCCCGCCUGAAGCCCCCAUUUCCUGCUGAUGUUGGUGAGUUCCAGUGGGAUGAAGUAUUGAAGAACAUAGAAAAGACAUGAAGAAUCCAUUAUUCUUGACAUUACUGAAAUAUGUACCUUACCUCUGUUCAAUCCUAAAGGUGUUUUUGGAUGCCCAACAACCGUUGCCAAUGUUGAGACAGUGUCUGUGGCGCCCACUAUCUGCCGCCGUGGAGGCACAUGGUUUUUGGGCUUUGGCAGAGAGAGAAACUCAGGCACAAAACUCUUCAACAUCUCCGGCCAUGUGAACCAUCCUUGCACUGUGGAAGAAGAAAUGUCUGUUCCUCUGAAAGACCUUAUUGAGAGGCAUGCAGGUCAGAAGACAUUAAAAAAGGAUCACAUGAUUGGUUUCAUUUUUACUGAAUAGGAAUAUUUAAGUGAGCAGCACCUUUGGUCUAAAACCUGGGGGCUAAGUGAAAUGUUUUUGAAAUCAGUUUUUUUGUUUUUCACCUAAAAAAAAAAACUUGUGGUUGAAAGAAAAGUGCUUUUGAUAAAAUCUUAACUGAUGGAAAAGAAAAACCCGAAUGCAUUGCUUGUUUGUCAGUAGCAUUUACUGCCAUCAGGGUCAGGCAGUUCAUAGAUUAAGUAAGCUUAACAUGAGCACAGCCUAAUUCAAUGCAGUUUCUUCUCCAGUUUACUUAAUUGAGUUGAACAUCUGUUUGGUAGGUGGAGUGCGUGGUGGGUGGGAUAACCUGCUAGCCGUAAUCCCCGGUGGCUCCUCAACGCCCCUCAUUCCCAAAAGUGUGUGUGAAGAAGUGCUUAUGGACUUUGAUGGCCUCAUCCAGGCUCAGACUGGUUUGGGCACAGCUGCUCUUAUCGUCAUGGACAAAUCUGUAAGUUUUUCUGCCCUUCAGUCAUUCCUCACAGAUAAAUCAUAAAACAUCUUUUAUAUUAAUUAAUGCAUUGUUUCUUUAGACUGACAUUAUCAGAGCCAUUGCGCGCCUGAUCGAGUUCUACAAACACGAGAGUUGUGGUCAGUGCACACCCUGCAGAGAGGGUAAGUGUUACUUCACUCUGAACUACACACAUCUAUUCUCUACCUCCUAAAAGCCCACAAACACCACAUUUUCCUUUUUUUUAUUUAUAGGAGUGGACUGGAUGAAUAAUAUGAUGUGGCGUUUCGUGCGCGGUGAUGCUCGGCCAGCUGAGAUAGACAUGAUUUGGGAGCUCAGUAAGCAGAUUGAGGGACACACUAUUUGUGCUCUGGGAGAUGGUGCUGCGUGGCCUGUCCAGGUAAGCAUAUGCUCUGUAACCAUUUGCAUAAAACUGACUCCCACAGCAGGGUGAAAAAAAAUAGAUAUGAUGGAAGGAAGUUUUGUUUCUGGGUGGUUGUAUCAGAUUUUUUACAUAGAAAUUAAAACCUCUUUGAGUCCUCCAGGUAUUAUUUAAAACUGAAAGAGUCUUUGUUGUACAGAUUUUGCUUUUUAUCUGAUGCAAUUCAAGCAAAACUAAUGUACUCUUUUUAACCAUCUCUUGUUAAUUCCUUCCCAGGGAUUGAUCAGACACUUCAGGCCUGUAAUGGAAAGUCGUAUCGCAGAAUACCAGCAGCAGCAGCAAGCCAGGGCUUAA